AUUUCGUGUCUAACCACGGGUCAAUGUUGUCUUUUGUUUAUAUUAAGUUACUAUAGGAACAUUGUCUCCAAGACAUCUGGGCAAUGUUAAUGAUGCGCAAAACAUUCAAGCAGGAAUUUCCACAGUGUUUAAUUAUCAAAGAAACAAAAUUAUUCAAAGUGUAACUGAUAAGACAAUGGGUUGCAACGCUACCAAAGAUUUGAAUCCAAAUGCUGCAAGAGGCUAUCUAUUGGAAAAUUUCAGUAGGCACAGAGGAGGAAUCAAUUGCAUGAGCGUAAAUGAAGAUAAAACCAUGUUAGUAACCGGUGGAGAAGAUUAUACGGCAAAAUUAUGGACUGUGGAUCCUGUAGCUUACUUGGGUACUCUUGAAGGUCACAGUGGUUAUGUCCUGUGCUGCGUGUUUCAUGGAAUCUACGUAUUCACGGGAUCUGCUGAUAAAACGGUGAGGAAGUGGAAUGUAAAAAAUAGACAGUGUAUAUUCAUAUAUGAGGGACACGAGAUGACUGUCACUCGUAUUGUGUGCACCCCUUGCGAAAUUUUAAUCUCUACAUCUCAAGAUGGCACGGCUCGUGCUUGGGAUGCUCUGGCAGAUAGCGGAACUGUAAUAAAAAAGGCAUGCUUACAAGUGUUUAAGGGUCAUCUAAAAUCUAUUUACUCCAUAAUUUUUAUACCAGAUGAAGAAAACCCAUUAAUGGGUAAAACUAUAUAUGACGGUGAUAUAGUUAUUACUGGUUCUACAGAUUUUACGGCAAGAUCCUGGUCAUUAAAAACUGGAGAAAAACUAAAGAUUUUUGGUAGCCAUCGGAAGAAUAAACAUAAGGGGCCAGUUAACUGUAUGGCUGUCGACGGAGAAGCAAAAAAACUAUUUACUGGUUCUGCAGAUUCGACAAUUAAAUGCUGGGAUAUUGAAACAGCAGAGUGUUUAAGAGAACUGAAAGGGCAUACAGCCGCAGUUAUGCAUCUUCUGGUUCACAAUCGAAUUUUAUAUUCAGCCGGUGUAGAUAAAUUAGCAAUGGCUUGGAUUAUAGAAAUAGGAGAGAUUUCCAAGAUAUAUCAUGGCAACGGUGAAACUAUUAGUUGUUUGAAGUAUCACAAUGGAUAUGUUUACACGGCCUGUACUCAAGUAAGAAUGUACAAAGCUAAGACUAAAGAAUGCAAAAGAGUGUUUAAAGGUCAUAGUCAAACUAUAACUGCCAUGGAAGUAACAGAAGAUAAAUUAUUCACCGUAUCUUCUGAUGGAUCACUCAGAAUAUGGGAUACGACGGGUGUUCUGGAUGAAGAUGUUACAUAUGAAGAACAGUUAUCAGCAAUUGAAGCUAAAGAAAAUGGCAUGCAACCACUUCAGAAACCACCCAAUGAGAAUGAUUCACGAUUAGAAGAUUUCGCAUAAUGUAUAACACUGAAUUGUAAACAAUGUCAAAGAUUUCUUUAAUCACUCAAAAC